CGGGCAGGUAUUGGCCACCGCAGCCAGCACGUCUCGCACUCUCCGCUCCGCCCUUUGCUGCGUGUCUGCCAUUGCCCAUCAGACACCAUGGCAGCCUCUCUCACCCGGCUGAUGGCCAAUGGCGCCCGACGGGCUGCCUGGGCCCCGACACACGCCGCGCCGCGCUCCUCCCUGCGAGCUCUUUCCACCACUCCCGCACGACGAUAUGCGACGCCGCACGAGGCAGCAAACCCCAACGCCACUCGCCUGGUGGCCGCAGACCCAGCGUCUUUCGGCUCAGGGCAGUACGACAAUCUCCCCUCCGACGAUGCGAAGAGCCCGGACGAGCGCAAGAUCCGCCACUACACGGUCAAUUUCGGUCCUCAACAUCCUGCUGCUCACGGUGUGCUGCGAUUGAUUCUCGAGCUCAAUGGAGAAGAAAUCAUUCGCGCAGACCCCCACGUGGGUUUGCUACAUCGUGGCACGGAGAAAUUGAUCGAGUACAAGACAUAUCUGCAAGCACUUCCAUAUUUUGACCGUCUGGACUACGUUUCCAUGAUGACGAACGAGCAAUGCUUUUCGCUGGCCGUGGAGAAACUAUUGAACAUCGAAAUCCCAGAGCGAGCGAAGUGGAUAAGGACCUUGUUCGCUGAAAUCACCCGUAUCCUGAACCACCUCAUGUCUGUCCUUUCACACGCUAUGGAUGUUGGUGCUCUGACACCUUUCUUGUGGGGUUUCGAGGAGCGUGAGAAGCUUAUGGAAUUCUACGAACGUGUUUCUGGUGCUCGUCUUCACGCCGCAUAUGUCCGACCUGGUGGCGUUUCACAAGAUCUGCCAGUCGGCCUCCUCGACGAUAUCUACCAAUGGGCGACACAGUUCGGCGACCGCAUCGACGAGACCGAGGAGAUGUUGACUGACAACCGUAUCUGGAUCGGCCGAACAAAGGGCGUCGGUGUCGUGAGCGCCAAGGAUGCCCUCGAGAUGUCCUUCUCUGGUGUCAUGCUUCGUGGAUCUGGUGUGCCAUGGGACAUCCGAAAGUCGCAACCAUACGACGCAUAUGACCAAGUUGAAUUCGACGUCCCAGUCGGUGUGAACGGAGACUGCUACGACCGCUACCUGUGCCGUAUGGAGGAGUUCCGACAGUCACUUCGCAUUAUUCACCAAUGUUUGAACAAGAUGCCAGCCGGUCCGAUCAAGGUUGAAGAUUACAAGAUCGCGCCUCCCCCACGUGCCGCCAUGAAGGAGAACAUGGAGGCGCUUAUUCACCACUUCUUGCUUUACAGCAAGGGAUACACCGUGCCUCCUGGCGAGACAUAUUCCGCCAUUGAGGCACCAAAGGGUGAGAUGGGUGUCUUCGUUGUCAGUGACGGAAGCGAGCGACCAUACCGAUGCAAGAUUCGCGCGCCUGGAUUUGCACAUUUGGCAUGUUUCGACCAAGUUAGCAGAGGGCACUUGCUCGCUGACGCUGUGGCAAUUAUCGGUACAAUGGAUCUUGUGUUUGGUGAGGUGGACAGGUAGUCAAGUUGGUCCGAGUGAGGAUGACAGCAGCACGGGUGUGUACAUAUGUCACAACAUACCAGGCGUUUUGUGGCGCUGUGCGCGCGAGCGUUAAUUCUGUUUGACGCUGAUGUAGAGAUUACAUGAAGACCAAAAGAUUUUAUUUUGUGCAAAGUUUUCCGCGUUUACCUCCAGGUUCCAAUAUUCACUGCUGGUCCGACGCAGCAUGCACUGGCAAUGUCUUCAUAAAGGCGCGAUUUAAGCACAUUCAUGAAGU